UUUUACCCAGUAAUAUUAACAUUUAUUAGUACUUUUAAAUCCUAAAAAACAAAAUAAUAGAAGUACUACCUACUAAAUUCAGAAUUUUCUAUUUACUUUUUUUUUUAAAUAAUAAAAUAAAAUUUAUUUUAACAAAUCUUUUUCCGUUACUAAUUUAAAAAUCAAAAUCUGAAACCUCCAUUGUCAUCUUCCUCCUCCUCCCUUCUUCUCUGACCGGGCUGUUACAUAACUAAUCCAUCACAUUCCAUGACAGCCCGGUAACCCUUUUCUUCCAUUAACCCAUUAUAUUAUCUCAAAACGACAUCGUUUUCUGGAGAGAGAAAAUGGAACCAACAACAUCAUCGUCAACGUCAAAAACCUCUGUGGUGGUAUCAUCAUCAGGAGAAGAUUCAAGCAGAACAUCAACAUCAUCAGGAAGAUCAUCAGUGAUAGAUUCAUUAAGAGGUUGUGGAUUAUCUGGUAUAAGGGUUGAUAAAGAAGAUCUCCGUCGUAGGAUUUUGAUCCCACAAUAUCUACGGUUAGCAGUGCGUCGCGCAAUUAAUUCAAAAGAUGUCAAUGCUGGUGUUGAUUCAGCAGAUCUUUUGGCUGCAGAAGAGGUGGAGAUUCCACCAGAAGCUCCAUUGGUUGUUUUUAUUAAUUCUAGAAGUGGUGGUAGACAUGGGCCUGAACUUAUGUCCAGGCUUCAGGAACUAAUUACUGAAGAACAGGUAUUUGACCUUUCAGAUGUCAAGCCUAAUGAGUUUGUGCAGUAUGGAUUGGCUUGCCUCGAGCAGUUGGCUAGUGUGGGUGAUGCUUGUGCGAAAGAGGUUCGGGAAAAGCUAAGAGUAGUGGUAGCUGGGGGAGAUGGUACAGUUGGUUGGGUACUUGGAAGUCUAGGAGAACUUCACAAAGACGCUAGAAAUCCGAUUCCUUCAGUGGCAAUCAUUCCUCUUGGCACAGGAAAUGAUUUGUCCAGGAGUUUUGGCUGGGGUGGCUCAUUUCCAUUUGCUUGGAAGUCGGCAGUCAAAAGAUCUCUUCAAAGGGCUAGUACUGGUCCUAUAUGUCAUUUAGAUAGUUGGCAAUUGUCAAUAACAAUGCCUGCAGGAGAAGUUAUGGAGCUCCCUCAUUCCUUAAAGUCCACUGGAGAAUGCACUCUUGAUCAGGGCUUUUUGCUAGCUGGCCGGCUUCCUGAGAAAGUGACUUGCUAUGAUGGAGUCUUCUACAAUUAUUUCAGCAUCGGUAUGGAUGCACAAGUUGCUUUUAGCUUCCAUAACCUGCGUAAUGAAAAACCUUACCUUGCUCAGGGUCCAAUUUCAAAUAAGCUGAUUUAUUCUGGAUACAGCUGUACCCAGGGUUGGUUUUUUACGCCUUGUGUGAGUGAUCCGAGUUUAAGGGGACUCAAUAACAUUUUGAGAGUUCAUAUUAAAAAAAUCAACUGUUCAGAAUGGGAGCACAUACGGGUUCCAUCUAGUGUAAGAUCAAUAGUGGCAUUGAAUCUUCAUAAUUAUGCAAGUGGAAGAAAUCCAUGGGGCAACUUGAGACCUGACUACUUGGAAAAGAGAGGCUUUGUUGAGGCCAACGCUGAUGAUGGUCUUCUUGAAAUUUUUGGUUUGAAGCAUGGAUGGCAUGCCUCUUUUGUGAUGGUAGAAUUAAUAUCUGCCAAGCACAUUGCACAGGCUGCUGCGAUAAGGUUUGAAGUACGAGGUGGCGAAUGGAAACAAUCGUUUAUGCAAAUGGACGGGGAGCCAUGGAAACAACCGUUAGAUAGAGAGUAUUCGACAUUUGUGGAAAUAACGAGAGUCCCAUUUCAUUCUGUAAUGAUUCGAGGUGAAUAACACUCUCCUCUAAUCCUCUACUACUAUGAUAUGCGAGCUUUCAAGACUCUCGUCUCUGCCAAAUUUUCUCUUGCCAAUCAUCGUCUAUGUAAAGCAUGGUUAGAAGCUGUAAUUUAUCGUAGAUACAAUAGUUGUUUCAGUGUGUUGUAAAAUGUAAAUCGUUCUGCUAACGUAGUGAUCUUGCGUGCAAUGAAGUCGAGCCAAACGUGUGCGAUUGUUAGCUUGAGGUGUUGACGAAGUUUGGAAACUGAGUACAAUCAUUGUAUUAUUGAGCCAUUUGAGUGAUGAAAACCAUAUUGAUUUGUGUAAAA